CAGGGAGGUCCCUUCAUCAUGAAGCUCCUUCAAUGGGGUCCCAGUCACUCCUAAAGUUCUCUCUACUUGCUCGCGAAGCACAUUGCUUCCUCGAGAGAGAGAGAGAGGAAGCGCGCUGAUGUUCAGCUUUCUCCAUUCGAUAUAUAAUCCGUCGAUCAUGGCCAAUCCAACCCGUCUCGCGAAAGCAGCAAGAAGCCAUCCUCAAGUGACUGAACACUCUCUGCUUUCUGUUUCGAGCUGCUGUAACUAUCCAUGGCCUACGUUCCUCCGCACAAGCGACAUUCGAAGGAGGGGGGUGGCGCGUCCCGUCCUCCCACAUCGCUCGUUUGGCAGUUCAAGAAAGGUCUUAACUCGAGGUCGCCUAACAGUAAAGCUCAUCUGAGUGGGAGGAUCGAGCACGCAGACACGGCCACGUAUCGAUGGUUGGCUGUUGGUUUGGGUGAUGAUGGAGACCGUCUUCCUUCUAGCGUCUUUCUGAAGCCGGUCUCCAUUGAAUGGGGACCGGGAGAAAAACAGCUAGCCUUAACCAAAAGUUGUACAGUUAAGGACGAUGAUGAAACGGGCCGGGACAAUAGGAAGAAACCUUGGGAACAUAUAGCCGAAACUGUGAUGCAGGAUUUACUUUGUUCGUUUGAAGUUUUGAGGAGUGAGAUUAAGGAUCAGAGCAUGGGAGAAAUAAAACCAACAAUGGUUGCUAGAUUUGGCAAAGUUCUUUUUCGUGGGAGUCCUUCAUUUCCAGUGGAAACUUGUGGAGAUAUGGUUACUGUUACAGAGGCCUCAUUGAAAUGGUUGAAAAGAUUAUUUUACGCAUAUCUUCCUUCCUCUUAUGUGGAAAAUGUGACUGGUAAAGUUAUCCCAGAGAUUGGCCUUAGUUUUGAAGGCAAAAAGGGUGUAUAUCAUGUCGAGUUAUCUGAUAAGUCCAGGCCAGGUGCAACCAUCUGCUGCAAAUGUAUUGUUCAUGAGGCUGAGCAGAGGGUCGAACUCUAUAAGGUUGAAUUAGGGCAGGUGCGACACCUGGUAGUUGAUGUAUCAUGCCUCGAUAAGGAUCUGGAUAUGAGGUUGAUGCUACGCACCAAGAGAAUUUUGACGGCUAUCAGCGAAAAUGAAAAGAACAGCAUCAGGGAUUUGGUUACUUCUGCAGUUUUAGAUUCUAGUGUUAAGGGGGGUUUAAGAUGGCCUCUGGAGAAGGCAUCUUCUGGGGAUAGAUACAGCGUCAUUGGGGUUUGGCAUACAAUCUCUUCAACUUAUAGGAAUUCAUUAAUGAGGCUGAAGGUGAGACACGCUGAACGGUUUAAUUUGAGGAGUUCCCAGGAGGAAGUUAGUGAAGAAAUUACCUUGAAAUUGAAUGGAAUGACUUCUGAAUUGCAUGGACAGAGUCUGGAUACCAAUUCAAUCUCUGAUCUGCUCAAAGAUGCAAUAAAGAUGAUGUGGGAGCACUUCCUAUCUUGUGGAAUUCCAGUCAUUUGAAUUGGCCUCUCUUUCUCAGUGUGCAUGCGCAAGUGUGGGAAUGUAAAUGAAAGUCAUGGUGAUUGUAUGAGUGUCUUGUAAUAAUGUAUGAAUUGCAAACUGAGGAUGCAUACAAUCUCUGCAUCUUCUUAUUACGUUACAUUUACGUGAAUCUCUGAUGCUAUAAAUGUGCUGUUUGAGGUGCCA